AUGACAAUGUCGGAAUCGAACCAGGCUGGUCCUAGCUAUAGAGAACGGAAACGAGUACGUCGAAGAGAAUACGAAUCCAUCUUACCAGAUAUCAAACCGAGCAUCUACAAACUUUCCAUACCCAUUCCCCAAACUCUAGCAAAGAAAUUCAUCACUUCUGUCCCAUCUCAUAAUCCAAAGACCGUAUCUCCUGAUGAAUCAUUGCCAUCCCAUGUGUCUAGAUCUCACAAGGGUAUGGGAGAGAGUACGGACAUUCCAGAAGUUGACGCGGGGGAUGACGGAAGAGACGGAGUGGACAGGAGUGAAGCAAUCAGAAGAGGCUGGAUUACUCGUCGAUAUAGAAAGAAAGUUUCGGAUAAAAUAUUAGAGACUUCUCUUGAAGAGAGACCAAGUAGUAAAUUCGACUUACCGGGAGAUGAUAUGUUGAUAGCUAUACAAGAUCACACUGGAAGGUUUUAUAAACAACAUGAAUUAUUACUCGCUCCUAGACGAUGGGGUCAUGCUGUUGGAUCUAAUGGACAGAGACAUAAGCGUGGUGGAGGUGUGAAGCAGAUGGGGAAGGGUAUGAGGAGAAGAAGAAGAGUCCGGAUCGAAGAGGAAGAAGAACGAGAGUCAGAUGGGAAAUCGAUACAAUCCAAUGAUAAGAUUGAACAACGUAGAAGAACUGUUCGUAACAAGACUGGAGAAGAUCAGGGGGUAAAUGAGACGGAUGAGGAUGAAGUUGAACUCAAGGAUCGGAAAGAUGAUGAUUCCGAUGAGGAUGAAGAGGAUUCAAAAGAUCCCGAUUACGAGCAGGAAGAUGAUGACAAAGAGGAGGAGGAGGAGGAGGAGGAGGAGGAGGAGGAGGAGGAAGAAGAUUCCGAUCAUAAGCAAGAUGAAGAAGAUGAGUCCGAUGGAGAUAAACCGGUUGGUAAUGCUCAGUCAACAGGCUCAAAAAGCAGAGGAGGGUAUAAAAGGAGAGAUAUGAGAUUAGCCCUUGACGGUUCGGCUCUUCUCGCAUUGGGCUGUCUGGUGGAGGAAUGGGUCAAACAGGAGUUGAAAGAAGCGGGUUAUGUGUCUGAGCCUCAGAUGUAG